AAGUCGGCAACCAAGGAGACACUAAAAGCCUUAAUUCCGAAAGGCCGCAUCUAUUAAAAAGCCAGCAUUCCCUUCUUUCUACAUGCGGUCGCAGAUCAAGCCAUGGGAUCGUUUGUAUGUCCGACAAUAUGCAGAACCGACGAACACGCGAAUAUAAGGGAUCUAAAUUCACUGAGGGGCGAUUGAAGUUAAGCACCUCGUGUGGGGAGUGCCACAAGAGAAAACAGAAGGUAAAUUGCGGUCCUGACUCGAUUGAGAUGUUCCACAGCUUAGCUGUGAGAGAAUCUGGGACUUCCCCGGCGCCAGGGGGACUAACCGUGUCGACAGUGUGAUCAGAAGCAGCCAUGUAGGCAUUGUGCUCGACGCUAUCCCCAACCAGACUGUAUUUAUCGAAACAUCAGAGAUACGUCCACUACCUUAAAGGGAGCAUCAGACGAACCCAGUGAGCCACAUGCUGAAAGUAGAGUCGCAAGUAUUUCUGGUCAGCAGAAAGACCGUUUCGAGACCGAGACUACUUCCGACUCUACUAUCAGCUUUUCAGAUGAUCUGGUUCCAGCUUGGCUACAGGUCGAAAACGAUGCCACAAAACGGGAUCUUUCCGUCUCCGUGGAAACGCUGGACCAAUUCGGUCCAAACACAUAUCAGGAUCUCUUGAGUUCCAUGGUCUCACAGAUAUCAUCCAGUGUCUUGGCUGAUCCUGCGAAUUCCAAUGCGGCGGUUCUUGGCUCCUCCAAUAAGACAAGGACUGAACUCCCCGCCAUCUCCUACGAUAGACUUUCUUUAUAUCCAAGAUCGCCAUCGGGCACCCCAGACCAGCGCUCGCCUCACUUUGAUCUCGUGCCUUCUCCACAUGAUAUGAACAUCAGCUCUGUUGACCCACUGCAUUUCUUGGGUAUCACCCCUACAGUCCAAAGUUCUGAACUGUUACAGGCUUUUCUCAAGCUAAUAACGAAAUAUGUCGUAUCCAUCGACGGCCAUGCCGCCCCAAAUUACUAUAAUGAUCAUUGGGUUCCAUGGUCCGUCAAGUCACCUCUGCUAGCUUACUUCGGCAUAUUCACGGCAGCAUGCUAUCAAGCUGAAGCCCUGAAAAUCUCGCCAAAUCAGUCGGCAGUCGUACUUAGGUACAAGUGCAAAGUCAUAAGCCUGCUCAACGAGAUGCUCUCACACAAGGCAACGUCUACGUCGACGGAGGCAAUCGCUGCUGUGCUUUAUCUUUCAGUGAACGAAUGGUAUUGGAGUGACUGGGAGAACAUACAAGCACAUAUGAAGGGGCUGAAAGAAAUGGUCAGACUUCGAGGCGGACUGGAUAAUUUAGGAAUGAGUGAUUUCCCUAGGAGGAUGAUCUUGCUGAUGGACUAUCACAUCGCCUGCUCCUACAGUAGCGAUCUAACUUUUCCUCACGAUAUUAAAACUCCAAAGAUUUAUCCUCCACAGAUGAGCAUACCUUUCAUUCCACCUUCCGCCACAUCCACCUCCAACGAAUCCGACAUUCAAAUUAGCAAGCAGACAGCCAUGAUAUUAAACGACAUGCGAUUCCUCAUGCUUGCGAUACUGAACCAAGUUGACCGGAAUGUUUCGGCGAAAGAGAUGCAGAAAUUAGAAACAACAUCCAUCUGGAUCCAGAAUCGAAUUUCCUCCCUUCCAGACGGAUCUGAUCCAAACGAUGACAUCUCACGUGAUCAAAUCUACAAAAGCCUCCGCCUGGCCUCCCUGAUCUACUGCAAAGCAAUAGUAUCUCGUAGGAGCCUCGCAAAAUCCUGUACAUUAUCCGAUCUCAACCAACUCUGGGCCAAUAUGUGGCAAGUCAAGCUCUCGCGCUGGAAACAAAUCCCUGGAAUCUUCCUGUUCAUCAUCUUAGCUGCGACUCCUGCAGCGCAGGAUACUGCACACGGGAGGUUUUUGAAGAGUAUGCUGAAGACUACGAGUUCUUAUAUUUCAAUGGAUUAUUGGGAGGUUGCGGAUGCUUCGUUGAUGGCGUUUGUGAAGUUGCAGAGGUGGUUGACGAAUGGUGGUGUUGAUGCUGUGAAAGUGGGGCAGCAAACUUCAUUGGAGUUUUUGCAUAUCUAUGGAGAGUAGGAUAAUUAUAAGAUUGGAAACUUGUAUGUUUAGCGGAGAAAUUAUGUGUAUUAAUCAAUACAAACGAUGCGACAG